ACCCACCGGACCCUGAACCCAGGGUGACAUUCCCCAGUCCCCCCAACCCACACCCCGGCACCAUGCAUCGGACUACACGGAUCAAAAUCACGGAGCUGAACCCUCACCUCAUGUGUGCCCUCUGCGGAGGCUACUUCAUCGAUGCCACCACCAUCGUGGAGUGCUUGCAUUCCUUCUGCAAAACCUGCAUCGUGCGCUACCUGGAGACCAACAAAUACUGCCCCAUGUGUGAUGUGCAGGUGCAUAAAACCCGGCCGCUGCUGAGCAUCAGAUCUGACAAAACCCUUCAAGACAUUGUCUACAAAUUGGUCCCUGGGCUUUUUAAAGAUGAGAUGAAACGGCGGCGAGAUUUCUAUGCAGCGUACCCCCUGACAGAGGUCCCUAAUGGCUCCAAUGAGGACCGUGGCGAGGUCCUGGAGCAGGAGAAGGGGGCUCUGAGCGAUGACGAGAUCGUCAGCCUCUCCAUCGAGUUCUAUGAAGGUGUCAGGGACCGGGAGGAGAAGGGCUCCCUGGAGAAUGGGGACGGGGAUAAGGAGAAGACGGGGGUGCGCUUCCUGCGAUGCCCAGCAGCCAUGACUGUCAUGCAUCUCGCCAAGUUUCUCCGCAACAAGAUGGAUGUGCCCAGCAAGUACAAAGUGGAGGUUCUUUAUGAGGACGAGCCGCUGAAAGAAUACUACACCCUCAUGGAUAUCGCCUACAUCUACCCCUGGCGGCGGAACGGCCCUCUCCCCCUCAAGUACCGCGUCCAGCCGGCCUGCAAGCGGCUCACCCUGCCCACGGUGCCCACCCCCUCCGAGGGCACCAACACCAGCGGGGCCUCAGAGUGUGAGUCGGUCAGCGACAAAGCUCCCAGCCCUGCCACCCUGCCGGCCACCUCCUCCUCCCUGCCCAGCCCAGCCACCCCCUCCCAUGGUUCUCCCAGCUCCCACGGCCCCCCAGCCACCCACCCUACCUCCCCCACCCCCCCUUCAACAGCCAGUGGGGCCACCACCGCUGCCAACGGGGGCGCCCCGAACUGCCUGCAAACGCCAUCAUCCACCAGCAGGGGGCGCAAGAUGACUGUCAACGGAGCUCCCGCGCCCCCCUUAACUUGAGGAAAGGGACCUCUCCCUCCCUGUCCCAGCCCUGCCUCUCCUUUCCCUCUACUUUUUCUGGGCCCUUUUUCCACCUCUUCUACUUUUCCCAGCUCCUCCCACCUUAGGGGUGGGGGGCGGGUUUUAUAAAUAAAUCUAUAUAUAUAUGUACAUAGGAAAAACCAAAUAUACAUACUUAUUUUCUAUGGACCAACCAGAUUAAUUUAAAUGCCACAGGAAACAUUCUGUGUGUGUGUGUAUGUGUGGGGGUGGGGUAUUGAGUUUUAGAGGGUCUUGUGUAAUUCACUCUGCUCUUUUUGGAGGUGCCCGGAGGUGGACUGGAGGGGCCACUGGAGGCUGGGUAAAGCUCUGCCCCAUCCUCCGUUUCCCAAGGCAGAUAGGGUGUUGGGGGGGCCCUACCAGCCCCCAAAGCUUUAGGCACAAUUCUAACUGGCUGUGUAUAGGGGUCACCUUGUUUCUCUGCCCGUCUUGGCUGCUGUCCUGCCCUGACCAGUGCCCCCCACCCCCACUGUUGAAUGUCCAGAGAAUUGCUAAGACAGUGCCUUUUACAAAUGCAGUUUAUCCCCUGAUUCUGGGGAGCAAGUGGGCGGUGGAGACGGCAUCCCCCUCAUCUCCUCUUGCAGUGGAAACUUUGUGCAAAGAAUAGAUAGUACUGCCUCUUUUUUUCUUUUCUUUUUUUCCUGUGUGUGUGGCUUUUGCAUCAUUUAUCUUGUGGAAGAGAAGAUUCAGGCCACAGGUGGCCCCAGCCCUUGAAAUUCUACUGUGGCUUUCAGAUUGUGAACCGCUUCGCCCCUCCUGCCCCCUACCCUCAUCCAGGAACUCUCACUAGCAAGUCUGGUGGUGAAGUCUCACUCUGGGCCUAGAGUGGGGAAUGGGGUGGGGUUAACCUCAGACAAGCACAGACCCCAGAUUUUGCCAAAGGCAAACAGCCCUCUGGUCCCCACCACACUCCCAGCUGAUGCUGAAUCAGGACAGAGCAACUGAGGCAUCUAAAAGCACAAAACAGACACCUGGGAGCUCUUACCCCCAAUUCCACCCCGAGAGGGCAACGGACCACCUCCUUGGGGGCAGACCCCAGCAGAUCCCUGCCCACCUUGUGUUCCUCAAAUGUACAUAGAUCUGGGAGGCGGAUGAGGAGGCAAGACUUUAUCACAACCUCGGUGUGUGGGGUUGGGAGCCCCAAUGGGUUUCUCUGUGUUUGCACCUUGUUCUGUGUCUGAGGUCCUGUGAUUGUACCCUCUUCCUG